AUUAGCCUGCCACUGAUGUUAAUCUUUGUUUUAUUCCCCCUUUUAGGUGUGGACCUGAGCAAUAUUGUGAAAGCUGUGAGACAGCCUGCCUCUGAGAAUGGGCAGAGGCAAAAGCAUCAAAUCCUGCUGACCCUGGAUUCCCUGGGGAGAGCCGUGGCUGAUGCGGAUCUGGCGGAGCUGCCGGAGCAGCUGGCGAGCUUCUCAGCGCAGUGCCGGGAGCAGCUGGCCUUCCGCUACCUGGCCGGCCAGAACGGGGCCUACCCCGUGGUGUUCUCUGCCUGCCAGCUGGCCUCAGGAGACAGGGAUUUAACGCUCCAGGCCCUCUCCACCCUGUGUGCCCUGCUGGACGGGCAGCCGGACCUGCUGGACGCCGCGGGGCAGGAGCUGCUGCUGCGGAGCCUGCGGGAGCGGCGGGAGGACGCGGAGAUGACGCUGGCGGGGAUCCGGUGCGUCAGGAACGCCUGCCUGAAGCACGAGCAGAACAGGCAGGACUUUGUGAAGGGCGGGAUCCUGCCCCUGCUCACCGGGGCCAUCGUGCAGCACGGGGCCAGCGCUGACGUGGUCAGGACGGCGGCCUCGGCCCUGCGGAUCAUGACGUUCGACGACGACAUCCGCGUGCCCUUCGGCCACGCCCACGACCACGCCAAGAUGAUCGUGCUGGAGAACGACGGGCUGAGGGUCCUCAUUGAGGCUGCCAAAGCGUUCACGGACAACUCCGGCGUUCUCAGUGAGCUCUGUGCCACCCUCUCUCGCCUCUCUGUCAGGAAUGAGUUCUGCCAAGAGAUUGUGGACCUUGGGGGCUUAAAUUUCAUGGUGACUCUGCUGGCUGACUGCAUGGACCACCCAGACGUGGUGAAGCAGGUGCUCAGCGCCAUCCGCGCCGUGGCCGGGAACGACGACGUGAAGGACGCCAUCGUCGACGCCGGCGGAACCGACCUCAUCGUCCUGGCCAUCAGCCAUCACCUGGCCAACCCCCAGAUCUGUGAGCAGGGCUGUGCUGCCCUGUGCAUGUUGGCUCUUCGGAAGCCCGAGAACUGCAGCGUCAUCAUGGAGGGCGGUGGGGCCCUGGCAGCACUGCAGGCCAUGAAGGCUCACCCCCGAGAAGUGGCUGUCCAGAAACAGGCCUGCAUGCUGAUCCGCAACCUGGUCUCCCGGAGCCGGGACUUUUCCCAGCCCAUCCUGGAGAUGGGAGCUGAGAACCUGAUCACAGAGGCUCGUGCUGCCCACAGGGACUGCGACGACGUGGCCAAGGCUGCUCUGAGGGAUCUGGGCUGCAAAGUGGAGCUGAGGGAGCUGUGGACAGGCCAGAAGGGGAGCCUGGCCCAGUGAAUCCUCCCCGGGGCGGGGGGGCUCUGAAACACCUCUGCACCUGGAAUCUUGACCGGGGGGGAAAAAAAACCCAACCCAGUGGCAUGGAUUAAUCUGCACUGACACCCAGCUGGAAUAUCUGAAGCAAAUGCCUGGC